CCUCCCCUCCCCCUCCCCCCGGUCCGGUGGCGGCGGCUCCUCCCACUGGGGGGUGGCGCGACGGCGGUGGCACCUACGGCCAUGGCGGCGUCUACUGCUACCCCGGAAAUGACAUCAGAUGUGCCAUCACUGGGUUCAGCCAUUGCUUCUGGGAACCCAGGGCCUGGAAUUCAAGGUGGAGGAGCCAUUGUCCAGAGGGCUAUUAAGCGUCGGCCAGGGUUGGAUUUUGAUGAUGAUGGAGAAGGGAACAGUAAAUUUUUGAGGUGUGAUGACGAUCAGAUGUCUAAUGAUAAGGAGCGGUUUGCCAGGUCGGAUGAUGAGCAGAGCUCUGCGGAUAAAGAGAGACUCGCCAGGGAAAAUCACAGUGAAAUUGAACGGCGCCGACGAAACAAGAUGACCGCCUACAUUACGGAACUGUCGGAUAUGGUGCCCACCUGCAGUGCCCUGGCUCGGAAACCAGACAAGCUCACCAUCUUACGCAUGGCAGUUUCUCACAUGAAGUCCUUGCGAGGAACCGGCAACACGUCCACUGAUGGCACCUACAAGCCGUCUUUCCUUACUGAUCAGGAACUGAAACAUUUGAUCUUAGAGGCAGCAGAUGGCUUUCUGUUUAUUGUCUCAUGUGAGACAGGCCGGGUGGUAUAUGUCUCUGACUCAGUGACCCCGGUUUUGAACCAACCACAGUCUGAAUGGUUCGGCAGUACACUCUAUGACCAGGCGCACCCAGAUGACGUGGACAAACUCCGUGAGCAGCUUUCUACUUCAGAAAAUGCCCUGACAGGGCGUAUCCUUGACCUGAAGACUGGAACUGUGAAGAAGGAAGGUCAGCAGUCUUCCAUGAGGAUGUGUAUGGGCUCAAGGAGGUCAUUUAUUUGCCGAAUGAGGUGCGGCAGUAAUUCUGUGGACCCAGUCUCCAUGAGCAGAUUGAGCUUCGUGAGGAACAGAUGCAGAAACGGACUCGGCUCUGUGAAGGAUGGGGAACCUCACUUCGUGGUGGUGCACUGCACAGGCUACAUCAAGGCCUGGCCUCCAGCAGGUGUCUCCCUCCCAGAUGAUGACCCAGAGGCUGGCCAGGGGAGCAAGUUCUGCCUAGUAGCCAUUGGUAGGCUGCAGGUAACUAGUUCUCCUAACUGCACAGACAUGAGUAAUGUUUGCCAACCAACAGAGUUCAUCUCUCGACACAACAUAGAGGGACUCUUCACUUUCGUGGAUCACCGCUGUGUGGCCACUGUUGGCUACCAGCCACAGGAACUUUUAGGAAAGAAUAUUGUAGAAUUCUGCCAUCCUGAAGACCAGCAGCUUCUAAGAGACAGCUUCCAACAGGUGGUGAAGUUAAAAGGCCAGGUGCUGUCUGUCAUGUUCCGGUUCCGGUCCAAGAACCGAGAAUGGCUGUGGACGAGAACCAGCUCCUUUACUUUCCAAAACCCUUACUCGGAUGAAAUUGAGUACAUCAUCUGUACCAACACCAAUGUGAAGAACUCCAGCCAGGAACCACGGCCUACACUGUCCAGCACAAUUCAGAGACCACAGCUGGGUCCCCCAUCUAACUUACCCUUGGAGAUGGCCUCAGGACAGCUUGCACCCAGGCAGCAGCAACAGCAGACAGAGUUGGAUGUGGUAACAGGAAGAGAAGCACUGGCCAGCUACAGUCAUUCCCAGGUUUCUGUUCAGCCUGUAACAACCACAGGGCCGGAACACAAUAAGCCCCUGGAGAAGGGAGAUGGUCUUUUUGCUCAGGAUAGAGAGCCACGAUUUUCAGAAAUCUACUCCAGUAUUAAUGCAGAUCAGAGUAAAGGCAUCUCCUCCAGCACUGUCCCUGCCACCCAACAGCUAUUCUCCCAGGGCACCACAUUCCCUCCUACCCCCCGGCUGGCAGAGAAUUUCAGAAAUAGUAAUCUGGCCCCUCCUGUAACCAUCGUCCAACCGUCAGCCUCAGCGGGGCAGAUGUUGGCCCAGAUUUCCCGCCACUCCAACCCCACCCAGGGAGCAGCCCCAACUUGGACUCCUAGCACCCGCCCAGGUUUCUCUGCCCAGCAGGUGGCUGCCCAAGUGACAGCCAAGACUCGUUCUUCCCAGUUCGGCGUUGGCAACUUUCAGACUCCAUCCUCUUUCAGUCCCAUGUCCCUCCCUGGUGCUUCUGCUGCAUCUCCUGGCACUGCUGCCUACCCUGGUCUCACCAGCCGUGGCUCCAGCUUUGCUCCUGAGGCUGGACAGACUGCAGGACAGUUCCAGACACGGACAGCAGAGGGUGUAGGUGUCUGGCCUCAGUGGCAGAGCCAGCAGCCUCAUCAUCGCUCAGGUUCUAAUGAGCAACAUGUUCAACAGCCAUCAGCACAGCAGCCCGGCCAACCUGAGGUCUUCCAGGAGAUGCUGUCCAUGUUGGGGGACCAGAGCAACAGCUACAACAAUGAAGAGUUCCCUGAUCUAACUAUGUUUCCCUCCUUUUCAGAAUAGAACUGUUGGGGUGAGGAUAAGGGGUGGGGGAGAAAAAUCAACCAUUUGUUUUUAAAAAGCAAAUCUUUCUGUAAACAGAAUAAAGUUUGUCUCCCUUCCCUUCCCUCACCCCUAUUGUGUACCCCUGUCCCCUCUGGCCUUUUCCUUGCCCUCUUGCCUCUUUGAAAUAACAUUUGUAGAAGAAAUGGAGUGAAUCCUCAAGGCUUCGGAGCCCUUUGGAUGACUGAGGCUGGGUAAGGUGAAGAAAGCCUUUCCGAGGCCCCGUGGCCAGAGCCGUGUGCCGAGAUGACUUGGGCUGGGUCAGGGACAGAGUCGAGCACCGGACAUCCACACUGUUCGCCUUGGAUGCAGUGGCUUGCUUUUGGAAAGAAAUUCUGAAUAAGACAGGAGAGAAAAGAAAUGUCCUCUUAUGUGAGGACCGUGAGACUUGGUAGCUUUACAUGGGGCUUUAGGAAGUGAACAUAGGCUCUUCCUGGUGCCUGUGAGCAGCUCCUCUGGAAAGAAAUGUGCGUGAGGGAGAGUGAGCGAGAGAGAAUAUGCUAGGAGUGAGUGUGUGCUUUUCUGUUUGUUUCUCCCUAUUUGGGAGUUAUGCAAAACGUGUUACAGAUUUUAUCUUUGUCUUUCUGUAUGUUUUUCAAAGAGUCCCAGGGAGUUUAAUCUUCCCAAGUAUUUUCCAUGUAGUACUGCAGCCAAGGAGUAUUUAAAUGAAUGUCUUUGCUGCACUCAGUCUGUGCCCAGCCAGCACGCAGCUGUGACAGAUGCAGUCUUCUGUUGAUGUGAUCGAUCUCAUUGAACAUAAUAAGUGAUCAAGCUGGUUCAUUCCUGCUUUCGGUGCUCUCCCCUUGAAUGGAAGAUCUGCAGACAUUACAGAAAUAGGCCGGCAAGAUAAACACUUUUACGAAAAAUAGCCCAGACAUGGCCAUAAGGAUGCUGCGUUUUUCUGUCAGAUUCACGUACAAUGUAUUUUCUAUGGAGGUUGUUUCUGCGUGGAAACUCAACUUCUUGGAGUCACAGUCUCAGUGAAAAUCCUUCCUUCUGGAGGUUAGACCAGAUACCAAGCCUUCUUGCGAAGAAGUAGCCUCUUUUAUCCCAUUCUCAAAGUGUAGUAGUCUCUCAGCAAACAGAAUUGAGUAUUUGGAGGCCUUUCCUCUGCUUCAUCUCCAGUCUUGAGGAUGGACUUUGCAUCCUCGUGCAAAUGGAGUGAAUCCCUGGGAUCGCUGGGGCCUGGCCUCCCCUCCUGACAGGGUCACGUAGUAACUAUAGCCAUAUGAAUGCUGCCCUUCCUCAGGUAACGGUCAUGUGUACCAGCCAUGCUUUUGGUUUUAAUUGGCUCAGGCCAGUAUCUUAAGUGUAAAACUAAGGAAGACAUCAUUAAAUGUAGCCAUAGGGGAACUGAGGAGCACGGGUGACCUUGGAGAGGUUGAGAGGGUGUUGUUGCUGGGUUUCCCUCCCUCUGUCUCUAGUUUGGUGCCACGUAGUGCCAUGGGAAAGGAGACAGUUUAUUUUUUUAUUCUCUGUGCACACAUACAGUAUACCUAUAUAUUUAUAUCACAGUUUAAGAAACCAAAAAGUUGAGUUUCCAAUGGAAUCCUUGUUUUUUAAUAAUCAACUGUUUUAAAAUGUGAUCAGGACUAUAAUAUUGUACAGUUGUUCUAGGACUUUGGGGAAGGGAAGGUGGGAAGAUGCUCUGGGGGUUUCUGCUUUUCCUUCAGGGUUUUAUUUUUGAUUGUUUUGUUUCUUGUUGGCCGUUUCUGUACUGCUAGCAUCUGUGCUCAGCCUUACAGUGGCAAAAACAAUGACAUGUAGCAAAGAUUUUAAAACAAAAUAUGUUUUUUCCUUUUGUAAACUUCCUUGUGUUGUGUGACCUUGAUUGCGGCUUUAUCAUUCCUUUCCAGCUCACAGACGACAAGCACAGCCAGUUGGGUCCACACUUCGAGCUUCUCAUACACACACACAGCCCGCGUGUCUCUGAUGUCAGGAAUCAGAAACCACAGGGCUCUGAUCGCCCAGCGCCCCUUCUUUACUCGUCCUCCUGAUCGUGACUCAUGGACAGUGUCCGCAGAGACGGCUGGCCGUGGGGUGGGGCUGGGUUUGCCCGAGUCCUCAGAGGGGAGCUUUGGCCCCUGAGACCAGUGAGGCAUGUUCGGGUUCCUUCCCCAGCACGUCCUCUUGAAGGACAAGCAAUCAGGAAUGUGGAAAUUUGAACUGAAUUCAGUUUCGAACUUGGCUUCCCUCUUAGACCACGUGAUUUGUUAGCGGAUUUUUUUUUUUUUUAAAGAUUUGUUUAUUUAUUUACACAAGCACUGGGUACAGUCAGAAGCGCGGGAGGGUGAGAGAACUCACCAAAGCCAGAGCAGAAAACAGAACAGGCAGACCAACGACAUACACCGCUGAGGGG